AUGCAGGAGCCAGUCUACAACCCCAGCCGCCCGAAGCCCUCCCUUGAGAUUGUCUACUCAUACCGACUGGUCGGCAUCCCGAACAAAAGCAUCGUUACCUUGCGGGUCGAGUUCCCACCCAACGGUUCAACUCCUCCUCACCGACACGGAGGCGCCUCAGUAGGAGCAUUUGUCCUCAAGGGGAAUCUACUGAACAAAAUGAACGACGACCCGAUGAAGCUGAUCAAUGAAGGCGGGUCUUGGUUUGAGGCUCCGGGAUGCCAUCAUCGCAUCAGUGAUAACGCCAGUGAAAAUGAACCGGCGACGUUGAUUGCGACCCUGGUGACAGACACUGAUAAGUUUGAGAAGGAUGGAAUGGCUGCUCUUAUUCAGAUUGACGCGGAAUAUAAAUGA